AUGAAAAAAUUUCUCAACAAAUGUAAUUCAGCUAGAGCUAAUUCACCAAUACAAACCAUUAGACAACAGCGUUCAAGUUCACCACCUAAAUCGUCAACUACAAUUCCAUCAAGACUACAAUCAAAACAAGAACCGAAAAAUAAACAACAUGUUUUUGAAAAACGAGAUAGAACAACUUCAUUAAUGGCGUUACAAAUAUUGGCUAAAAAAAUAGCUAUUUAUAAAGCAAAAUAUGGUAAUAUCGAAACGCGACAUUCAUCAUUAUUAACACUUGUUAAAUCACAUAAAGUACCAACGCAACGUAAAAAAUAA